AGGAGGAGGAAGAUGGAGAAAGGGAAGAGGAACCCCAGUGGAACGGACCAGGGUUUACAGUGUUGCAUCAUCAUGGCAAUAGAGUUGUAAAAUUGGAUAUAACUUUACACAGAAAAGUCCAGGUGGUGGAGGACAAGUCUCAGUUGCCUCCGCUUCAGAGACCGUCAGUCCGUGCAUCUUAUCACGUGGUUCACUGUGCAUGACACCUUGGAGACUCACAGCAUGUGGAGGCUCAUACUACUCUCCGCGAUCCACGCACAACUUACCACGUACCCCAUUGAGAGCAAGAACCCCUAAUUGCAACCACGAGGAUAUUACCUCAUGUGACUCUACCCUCCCUAGCAACCGGGCCAAUUUGGUUGCUUAAGAGACCUGGCUGGAGUCACUCAGCACGCCCUGGAUUCGAACUCGCGACUCCAGGGGUGGUAGUCAGUGUCAAUACUCGUUGAGCUACAAAGGCCCCCUAAUAUUAAAUAUUUAAUUAUUUUAAAAUAUCUAAAAUUCCUUAAAACAAAAUACAUUUACCCAAGAAGCAACAUAUUACAUAACAUCAUAUAUAUAUCUUGAAUAUAAGUAUAUUUUGACUUUUCUGCACUGACAGAAGUAUAAACAAGUUAAAUAAUACUUAUAUAUGAAAUAGACUUAUAUUCAACAUACAUUCUCUGAAAGCAAUUCUUAAUAUCUUAUAUGUUGCUUCUCAUGUAAAUGUAUCUUGUUUUAAGGAUUUAGUUAUUUUUAAAUGGAAAUCAAGACAAAAACACUUUAACCAUAGAAUUGUUUGCAGUGAUUUUUGAUUUUUUUUGUAUGUGUGUGUGUGUGAAUUCAGUGAAUGUCAUUUAGAGGUAUUUUUAAAAUAUGAUUUUAUCCUCUUUAUUAUUAGUAAGCACGUUUAAUACAACAUUUUAAGUCAAGGCAGAAGCUGAAUUGUCGAUUAAGAGCCAACGAUUAAUCGUUGCAAUAAUCACCUGAAUAGUCGAAUAAUCGUUCUAAUAAUCGUUAGAUUAGUCAGUUAUCAAAAUAAUUGUUUGUUGCAGCCCUAAUUGUAAUGUUUACGGAUUGGCCCCUUUCUGUACCCCAGGUUUUUUUUUUUGUUUUUUUUUUAAAUAAAUUUUUGUGGUAAUCAACAUUAUGCCACAAAUGAGGUCGUUUGAGCUUAACUUGAAUUGAACCUGGAAUAUUCCUUUAAAAAUUGUCUAUUUUAAUUAAUCUUGUCAUUAAGAUAAAUGUAAGAAGGAUUUUAGUGUUUGUGGCCCAGAGUAAGUUUUGCUGCAGCUUAUUUUUAAAUCUCAUAGUCACAAUCUAAAAACAAACCCUACUGUACGAUUUUUUCCUGUUGAAAUUACCCCCUGUCGGUUUGAGUUAAUGGGUAAAAGUGGGAUAAUCUAGUACAGCUCAUUAUCUGAUUAUAAAAUGGUUUAUUUAGUUAGUUCUGCCGGUAGUUAUCCCCUUCACUUUCCACAAAUUAUUUCUCAAGUCCUUGGUUUCUUGUUAUUUUAUCAUGAUUAAAGAUUACCUACAUUUAAAGUGGUAGUCCACCUCAAAACAAAAAAUUCUGUUGUAAUUUAUUCACCCUCUUGUCAUUCCAAAACAUUGACUUUUGUGGAGAAAUUUUGGAGAGGAUUGAUUGAUUGCUGAUUUUUUUUCCCUCCACAUAAUGAAAAUGAAUAGGGACUGGGGAUGUCUAACUGAUCUAGAUGAUGCCAGAAUUAAAUGGAUGAUCUGAUGCUGAGUAAGGGUGCUGAUGACCUCAAGGUCCUGGCCCUCAGGGACCUGUCAGCUGACACUGUGUGGGGUCCGUUUUCUGGCAGCAUCCAAUCAGAGGAGCCCACUGAUGGACUAGCCAGUGAGAACCCUGUAAUUUCUCUUGAGUGUGAGGAUGCAGACUGCUGGCUCAGAAAGGUUCCUGUGACCUCUUGCGCCACAGAUUCAAACUGCACCAUCUACAUUCAAGAAGGAGCAUUAUUCUGUAAGCUCACACAGGAGCUGUCGAGUGGAGAUGCACUUCUUGCAAUGCUGUCCUCCUCCAAUGUGGAUCAGUCGAUGGCGACUCAGACCCCCAGUGUGCUUGUGAAGGAGGAGCCUGAGUACCCCGCAGCUCUGCACUCUGAGAUCCAGCUCCUUCCACAACAGGCUGGCAUGGCUGCCAUCUUGGCAACUGCUGUCAUUAAUAAAGACAUUUUCCCAUGCAAAGACUGUGGGAUCUGGUACAGAAGUGAGCGAAAUCUCCAGGCCCAUCUUAUGUACUACUGUGCAAGCCGACAGAAGCAGCAGACUGGAGCCUCACCUCCACAGGACAAGCCCAAAGACUCGUACCCUAAUGAGAGGCUGUGUCACUUCCCACAUUGCAACAAAAGCUGCCCCAGUGCAAGCUCCCUGGAAAUCCACAUGAGAACACACAGCGGAGAGCGUCCAUUUGUGUGUUUGAUUUGCCUGUCGGCUUUCACCACUAAGGCGAACUGUGAGCGACACUUAAAGGUGCACACGGACUCACUCAAUGGGGUGUGUCACGGCUGUGGUUUCAUCUCCACAACGCGAGACAUACUGUACAGCCACCUGGUCAUCAGCCACAUGGUUUGCCAACCUGGCUCUCGCAGCGAAGUGUACUCACCCAAACUCCCUCUGGCUAAAGGCUUGAGUCCAGGAGACUCUGGCAUUGUUCUAAAAUGUCAGGUUUGUGGCUACUCUGCAGAUACACCUGCCCUACUCCAGCAGCAUGUCCACACACACCUGGAAGUGAGGGUUCCAGCAGAAAGGAGCCCCACACCUCGCCAGAGCAGUCCUUUCUCCACUGAGCUCCCGGAGAUGCAAAACAGAGAGCCUGCUGCCUGUGUGCCCAGACCUGACUCUUCCAGUCCUGGAGCCAAUGGCAGCUCAGCCACCUCUCAUGGCUGCAGUCCCUCUAACCCACUCAACAUCAAAGAGGAGCCACGCUCCGACUAUGAAAACGACUCCAAGGAAGAAGAAAAACAAGUAGGUAGCCCUCAAAGACAUGCAGUGGAGGCGAGCUCGUCUCAGUCCACUUCACAUAAAAGCCCCUUGGUGGUGGCAGUUAAGGCAGAGCCGACCAGUCCCACCCCAGGUUCCAGUCCCGUACACCCAGAAACAGGGGGUUCAGUUCUUCCUGGAGGUGCUUUGUUCUUGCCGCAGUACAUGUUCAAUUCUGAGGCUGCCAUAAUGCCGCAAGCAUCUGAGAUUCUGGCUAAGAUGUCUGAGAUGGUUCACAGUAGGCUUAAACAGGGACAGGGACCAGCAGCUGGACAGCAGGGUUUCUUCCCACCUGGUUCUUCUGCCAGUGUUCCCAAGGGAGCCACUUGCUUUGAAUGUGACAUCACCUUCAAUAACAUCAAUAACUUCUAUGUUCAUAAAAGGCUUUACUGCUCUAGCAGGCAUCAGCAAGGCGAGGCAGCAGGCCUGUUGAAGGAAGGGGCAGCUGCUACAGCUGCACCCCCCGCUGCCCAUGCUGCUUCACCACAGGCCAGGCCAGUAAGCCGUGCAGCCUCUGCAUCUCCUAACUACUCUGAUCCUGCAACAGGAAGCACAGCCUCAGAGCCCAAGUUAGUUGAAGUGAAAAGCGAGGAUCCAGGGCUGAAGGAGACUACUUGCUCCUCUUCCUCAGAGGGAGAGGGGGCUGGGGGAGGACAAGUCAGCGAGGGUAGCCAGAGUCCUAGUGGUUCAGCUGAAGAUGCAGAUGAUGAUCCCAAUCGUACCUUCUGCCAGGCCUGCAACAUCCACUUCAGCCGUCACGAUAACUAUAUCGUGCACAAGAGGUUCUACUGCGCUUCAAGACAUGACCCCACCAACCAGCGCUCUCAUUCUGGCAAGGCUGCCUUCUUGCCCCAACCAAUACGCACUCGCAAGCGCAAGAAAAUGUAUGAGAUCCACAUGGCUCAAAGUGAGGCUCUUGCUAAUGCUACUGCUUUAACAUCGGCAACAAGUCUGGGUGUGAAGCAGGAGGGAACUGGAGGCCCUUCCAUUCCUUCGCUGUCCCAGGUGUCCACUCCAACACGUGGCUCCAGUCCUGAAGGUGAUGGCCCUAUUGACUUGAGCAAAAGACCGCGAAUAAGAGAAAAUCAGAGAAGGAGUAGCAUUGCCGAUCUGCCACUUACUGACUACCACAAAUGUACUGCCUGCAGCAUUAGCUUCAACAGCAUUGAGAACUACUUGGCCCACAAAACCUACUACUGCCCUGCAACUACUCUGCAGCCUCAUACACUAGAACAGCUGAACCGGCUGAAAAGACCUGCCUCCACCUCCCCCAAGAACCGAGCUGUGGACCUGCACCCUGACGUAAAGGGGCAUCAGACGGGUAUAACUGAAGCUGUUGCACACCCAUCUGCCUUACCAGGCCCAGAGUCAACCUCUCCUAACUCUGCACAUGGAGCAAAGACCCCCAGCACCUCCCCAGUGGUGUGUCCCUACUGUCCUCCCAAUAGACUGCCGACCUGUGAUCUGGUGGAGCAUUUCAAAACAGUUCAUGGUCUGGUGCUUGCACUAAAGCAACAUCCUGAGACACAGUCAGCUGGAGUCAGUCCCAGUCCUAGCCUUAGUCCACGUGAUGGAGCCCCACUCAGUCCUCCUAAACCGAGCCCCUGUCCACGUAGAGACAGUGUCAAUGGCCGGAGUAUCAAAUUGGAGGCAACCUCUCCAUCCUCACCUGUGCUCAAUGGAAGCCCACUUGAACCCCAAUCUGUAGGGGCUGGUUCUCCAAAAAACACACCCCAUGGCAGCAUCUCCCCCACAGGAGAUUCUCUAACUGUGUCACCUAUGCCUGAAGCUGUAAGAGAGGUGGGGCAGAUGGGUUACACCCCCAUGCCCUUACCCCUCCCUGAAAAAGUGGCCCUUGUUCUUAGCCAUGCCCAUCCAUCUCCAGCCAUGCCCAAAACUUCCCUCGCCUCCCCUGUGCAGAACGGGAACACGCGCUAUUGCCGGCUGUGCAACAUCAAAUUUAGCAGCCUCUCCACCUUCAUUGCACACAAAAAAUACUACUGUUCCUCCCACAGUGCCGAACAUGUCAAGUGAACCCUCUAACUAGUCAAUUCUGCCAUUCCAAUCAUGCAUAGAAGUGCCAACCACGGCACUGCCCAACCUGAUCCGGACAGAGUACGAUAGCGGGACUGUUACUAGCCAGACACGGAGGGUCUCCGUGCCGACCCCAGUGUUUCUGGUGUUGUUACUAUGGUAACUUAUUACACGUUAUGGGUCAAGUUUGUAUUACACUAAGAGAUGAGACUACCUGCACACAGAACGUGCCCAACUGACCUAUUUCCAUAAUCCCUGCAAAGUUCUUCUUUCACCCUUCAUAUGAUGGAACCUAAUUAUUUUGCAUUUUUCCCUUUAAUUAGCUUUGAAAAUGCUGUUUUAAUCACUCCUAUGUGUAUGACCUUGAUUUUAAUAAUCAAUGGUAUCGUAUAUUGGUAAAAGUUUGUUCUCCUGAGCCAUAUUUUUUUUUGAUUUUGUUUUAAAUCACUGAUUUGGGGUGAAUUCAAACCCUUAGUGGAGGUCACUGUAUAACUUGACCUGCAAAUUUUGGUCAAAACACUGACUCAAAAAUAGAAUAAAAAACCCAGUUGAAAUUGGUAUCGGCAGGUUACUAGUUCAAGAUGAAAGAUUAAAAAAUGAUACAAAUUUGAAGCUAUUUAUCAUUUGAGUCCCCAUGCAUUUCAUGUCUGAGAAAUACUACCUAGUGUCUUUAUAAAGAAUGUUGUUUUUUUUGUUGUUUUUUUUUUCAUACUGUCAAAAGGAACCAUUUCAAUCUUGGUGUGAUAUGUUUUCUUGGUUCUUUAAUAUGAAAAUUUGUCAUAUUUGACUUUUCACAUUGAUAAUUGGGACAUAGAUCUGUAAGUGUAGUUCAAGUAUAAGGAGAAGGCACUGUCUUACUAUUUGGUCAUGGCUCCUAGAAAUCAGGUGUCUCUUUGGAUGGAUCUUUUUAAAGGACUGUCAUAGGGUUUUAGGGACUGGAUUGUGAACAGUGUAAGAAGAUUUUUUUUUUCUUUGGUCACCAGCUCACUCUGUCUCUGCUCCUAACACAAAACUUUCACUCAUUACUUAAAAUCUGAAUAUCCUUUGACCUGCUGAAAGCGUGUCAUCUGUAAGAUACUCUACAAAUCUUUACAUUCAUGGAAAUGCUUAGGAAGUCAUGUUUGUUCGGCUCUUUUUAGUUCCCCUUUUUUAAACCUGGAAAUGAAGUAUAGCAUAGAAAUUAUGCAUAUCAAUGUCUUGCACACUGGUGAGUGAUGUUGAAGGCCACUAAAAGCAGAGAAUUUAUAACUGACUCAUAAAUUUGCAUUGCUUCUUAAAUUCCACUGGCAACUCAGUGCCCCUCUUCUCUUUCUCUUUCACUUGAUUUCUCUCUUUCUUUGAAUUUUGUAUUCUCUGACUCAGUGAUGUUUUAUUAUCCUCUGUACGUGUGUGUGUGUGUAUGUUGAAAAGAACAGCGUCAUGCAAUCUGUCCUAAGCAGGCUACCUUGUCAAAGCCUAAACAAUGUCUCUCAAUAUGUCAAUAUAUCUGAAACAAUGGGUCACUUCCACAAUACUCCUCACUCUCCCCUGCCAAGUGGACUUUGUAUAUGUUACCAGUGGUGUUUCCCAUUUCCUGUGUUACAAAAAGCCUCAGUCGUCUCUGCGGUAAAAACAGGAACACAUAAAACUGUCUGCAAAUGAGAACAGUUUUAAAUUCUCUCUGCUGUUGUGGGUUUGAAAUGGUGCUGUACUCAUCAUAAAUUCACACAGAGGCGUUUACAAUCGUUUUAUCAAUUAGAGACUGUCCUAAGUCCAAAAGCCCUGUGCUGAACCCCAAUUUUGACCUUUCCAGAUCCCUUUUCUAUUGCACUGUGUUGUACAAAAAAUGGUGAAUGUUUUAGUUUUAGAAGGUUUUUUGUAAUGUAUUUAUGUUUUUAUAGCACUUUUGCUUAAUCAUACCUAUCCCCAAGGACUUACUCAAGAACUUAAAACAUUCUAACAAAAGUUAAUUAAAAUGCUUUGUGGAAUAAUUUAAAAUGUUGAUGGAAAAUAAUGAAUGUCAAACUUUUUCUUUUUCUUUUUUCUUUUUUUUCAGCUACAAAAAGUUCCACUACACACUUGUUUGAACUAUGCAUGGGAAAUAAAGAGUCCAGAAGGACAUUCAAAGUG